AUGUUUCACAUGGACCCUUAUCUGGGCAUCUUCUUCCUCACUCCCUUCUUCCAAUCCUGCUAUGCCUGGUCAGUGAAUAAUUUCCUGAUGACAGGCCCCAAGGCCUAUCUCAUCUACUCCAGCAGCGUGGCAGCGGGGGCGCAGAGUGGCAUUGAGGAGUGCAAGUUCCAGUUUGCGUGGGACCGCUGGAACUGCCCCGAGCGGGCACUGCAGCUCUCCAGCCACGGCGGGCUGCGCAGCGCCAAUCGAGAAACUGCUUUUGUCCACGCCAUCAGCUCUGCGGGCGUCAUGUACACGCUGACCCGGAACUGCAGCCUGGGGGAUUUUGACAACUGUGGCUGCGACGACUCCCGCAAUGGACAGCUUGGGGGACAAGGGUGGCUGUGGGGAGGCUGCAGCGAUAACGUGGGCUUUGGGGAAGCCAUUUCCAAGCAGUUCGUGGAUGCCCUGGAGACUGGACAAGAUGCCAGAGCUGCUAUGAACCUGCAUAACAACGAGGCUGGUAGAAAGGCUGUGAAAGGAACCAUGAAGCGGACAUGCAAAUGCCACGGCGUGUCUGGGAGCUGCACCACCCAGACCUGCUGGCUGCAGCUGCCUGAGUUUCGGGAGGUGGGCACCUACCUCAAGGAGAGGUACCACAAGGCCCUGAAGGUGGAUUUGCUGCAGGGGGCAGGAAACAGUGCUGCCAGCCGGGGGGCCAUUGCCGAGACCUUCAGCUCCAUCUCCAAGAAGGAGCUGGUCCACUUAGAAGACUCCCCUGACUACUGCCUGGAGAACAAGACGCUGGGGCUGCUGGGCACAGAGGGCAGGGAGUGCCUGAAGCGAGGCAAGGCACUCAGCAAGUGGGAGAAGCGGAGCUGCCGGCGGCUGUGUGGGGACUGCGGGCUGGCGGUGGAGGAGAGGCGGGCCGAGAUGGUGUCCAGCUGCAACUGCAAGUUCCAUUGGUGCUGCGCUGUGCGGUGUGAGCAGUGCCGCAAAAGGGUCACCAAGUACUUCUGUGUCCGCAAGGAGAAGCGGGAGCGGAGCGGAGGUGGCGGGGCCAGCCGCAAGCUCAAGAGGAAGCUCUAACCAGCCCCUGCUCCUCCAUGGUCCUGUUUGCCGCUCUCUUCCCCUUCCCUUCCCAUCUCCCCAGCAGUCAUCAGCACCAUUCCCUUUUGGCUUAGUUUUGUCCCACUCUCAAACGGGGCCUUUUCAGCCAACACCACCUCACUAGGUCUUGGAUAAUGGAAAAGAAAGGGCAUGAGCCCUAGGGCCAUGUCUACACAGGGCAUCUCCCAUUAGUGCAGUGGCUGAUGACAUCUGGAAAGACACGCAGCUGUUUAAAAAGCAAAGUGAGAUUUGGUCCCUUCAAUCCGGAGUCACUCUGAUAGCUCUGGUUUUAUAGCAGAAAACACAGCCAGUCACUGUGGCCUGUGUUCUCUUGAGCUUGUCUGCUUCCCCAAGCAAGCACCUGCUCUGGGUUUUAAGCAAGUGAGAUCUACACUCAAGAAGGCAUGACUAAGCUGAGAUGGCACCACCAGAUUUGGGCCAUGCAGAGUUGUAGUCCCUAAAACAGAAGAGGCUUGUUUGAUAAUUCUGGUGUCCUAAGAAAUAAGAGGCAUUAAAGAAAUUGUCAUUGCCUUUUAUUAGGCCCUCCACUAUGAGGGAAGAUAAAAAGUGCAUAACUCCUUUCUGCAGCAAGCCAGCCUCCAGAAGUGCCAUAAAUUCACAUCCCAUUCAUUCACAGAUUUGCUAAGCUCGCCCAUGCCUUACUUUGCAUUGGAGUGACUCCAGCAGCAAGAUUUCAAGCUGCUGCUUGACCUGUCCAUUAAAGAGCUGUCCAAAGGAGGGGUCCUAUCUCUUGCUUUCACACACUUACUCUGUAUCUUCUCAGCCCCAGGUCUGGCCACUCUUUUCACCCAGCACCCCAACCAAAGCCCUCGACUGAUGCCAUAACGAUACCCUCACACUUCUCCUCUCCCUCUUUACUCCCAAAUCUCUCCCAGAGAGCAGCUGCCAGCUGAGCCUACUCCCCACCUCCUGGUGUACUUGCCAAGCACUCUUACCCUGUCAGCUAACUAACUAAAUACUUCUUCCUAGUCUGAGAAAAUAAUGUCAGUUACUAUUUAAUGGUGUUGUAAAUAGGAAUGUGAAGCACUUUGAAGUUUAAUUUAUUGCACAGUUACUGUGAUGUAUACAUAACAGUUUUUCUCUACCACUUAUUGUAUAUAUUCUAUAGGCUAAGCAAGCAGCAAGAAGAUUUGGUUGAUGCAUCUCUGUUCCCUUGCCAUCGUUGAGGUAGGGAGGGAAGAGGCUGUCAGCUGCAGGCCCUGGGCUAGCUCACUGCCCAUCACAGUGAUUUCCCCUGGGCUGUGAGGUUAUUGUCUACUUUGCUGUUUGAAGUGUGCUUUAGACAGAUGAGAAGCCAGCAGAGCUAAGUGACUGGCCAUUAGACUUGUCUUGUAGCCAAUGUUCGUAAACCAAUAGCCAAUGCAAUAAAUCAUUAGCCAAGUGCUUGCAAAA